AUCAAUUGUAUUUCAACACCAGUUCUCUACAACUAAUUACUAAUAUUUAUAUUUAUAGAACCAGAAAUAAUCAUGUUGGAAAUAAUAGCUAACCAAGGAUGGACUUUGACCACCCUAUCCUCAGUAAUAUGCAUCCUGGGAACCUUGGUGAUAUUCUUUGAUGACAUAUACUAUUUCCUAGCUCCCAAAUCACUCACUAGCAAAUUCCCGUUUAAUCUCAAUAAGAAUUAUAAGUUUAUGAACGGCUGUUUGGCAUUCAGCUCUGGUUGUUUGAUAUUCACUUCGUUGUACCGAUUAUUGCCGGAAGCAUUAGAAUACCUUAAAGAUUCCGUUGAAGAAGAAGAAGAAACAAGUACAGCAAACAAAGCAGUAGGAUUCAAGCUUGAAUUGAUUGGAUCGUAUGUCGCAGGGAUCUUGAUAUGUUUGUUGUUUAAUAGUGUAUUACAUAUGCUUACUAGUGAAUCAGUGGUCCACUGUAAUCAUGGUGGUGAUGUGAGUGUUAGUGGCACCCAUCAUGACCAUGGAUAUUAUCAUGACGAUGACGAUGACAAUGAUGAAGAGGAAGAGCAUGAACUUGUUGAAUGUGCAAGUUCAUCUAGUCCUCCAAAGAGUAAUGGCAGUAGUUGCAAGAUUAAUGAUCUUGAUAAAGUACAUACCUGUUCUCCACAGGCCCAGCAGGAACAGCGAGUACAACAGGUUCAGCAGGUCCAACAAGAUGUCACGGUUGUUCAACAGGAAAUGAAUGAAAGAGCACCCUUGAUUAAACGUGCCAGCACAAAACAACUCAUCAUGAAGUAUAUCUAUCGAUCAGAAGAAGAUGGUACCGAUGGUGAAUGUAAAGGAUACUCUUCGGCUGAAUUGUGCACGUAUAAUAACUGUCAUGGCAGUCCCAAUUGUAACAAAUUACAUUAUUGUGAAAUUCCAGAAUUGCCAAUUUAUGAAGAAUUUGGAGGCCAAAUUCUUUCGGAAGAAGAAGUUGAGGCAGACCAAGAUGAUCGAGGAAGAUCUACCAGUCAUAGAUCAACCAGUAUGCGCCGUCACCCUACAAGAGAAAGUCAUCAGCUGCACAAUGUAGACCAUCACCAUCAUGUGGUGUCACCAUUAUCUCGGUUGUUGUUAAUUGGGAUUGAAACCGUAUUGGCAAUAACCUUACACAAAUUACCUGAGGGGUUUAUCACUUACAUCACAUCAGAAACUGAUCCAGAAUUAGGUCUUGCCAUAUUCAUAAGUUUAUUAUUCCAUAAUUUCACCGAAGGUUUCUCCAUGUGUUUACCAUUAUAUUACUCGUUUUCUUCUGGAUCUAACACCAAGCAUGCCAAAUUGAAAGCAGUUAGUAUCAGUGGACUCUUGGGUGGGUUGUCACAACCAGUGGGUGCAUUCUUGGGAUUCCUCUUUUUGAAUUUCAAUCAUGAUAGAUUAGGGGGUGAUGAUGGGAUAGACGUUAGGAAGUUGGACUAUAUCUUCGGGAUCACAUUGUCGAUAACUAGUGGCUUUUUGACUGUAAUUGCUUUGUCGAUGUAUGGAUCGGCGGUGUCGUUUGGGGGAUCACUGAAUUUUGUGAUGUUAUGGUGUCUUGUGGGGAUAUGUCUCAUUGGUAUAUCUUCGGCACUCACAUAGAUGUUUAUACGGCAUUUACAAGUCAAGGGCAUUUUAAUAAACAUAUAAAACAAGUUAUAGGUGUAGUAGUAGAAGUAGUUGCACCCAUUCUGUAAUAUACGCAAUGCAGU